ACCUCCCUACUCCCCCACCAUGGGGAGGCUGGAUGCUGCCGUUUCCUCCCUCCCUCCCUCCUCCUUCCUGGGGCUGGAGAGCAAUAGAUCUAUGUCCCUCACUGUUUGGAUGUGACGCAGUGGUGUGGGGCAAAUGGCUGCUCAGUGCUGAUCCGUCAGACUAGGGACAGUUUUGGUGUGGGGCUCGUCUCUUGCAUUUUCUCAUCACCUCUUACAGGUGUCACUUAGCCAAUGUCUCCUUUGCUGAAAAGACCAGGAUAAAACCCAUUAGGGGAGCAGGAAAAUGGGGAAGGGGGGGGAAGUUUGUAAGGAAGUGUAAUAAAAAAAAAAAAAAGUUGGGGCCCAUUAUUUAAAGGGAUCUCAAUGAGAAAGUGAAAUUCAUUAUAGUUACUCAGUUUCGAAGAACGGAUAUUGAUGGUGUAUUUUUCCCUUGGCAUCUUUAAAGACUUCAGUAAGUUACUUUCUGUCUCUCUUUCAGGUUGGAGACUAUGAAGAUUAACCAGAACACAGUCUUACAGGGGAAGAAGGUGACCCUGGUACCAUACACCUCUGCUCAUGUAUCCCGGCCUGCAUUCCGUUUAUGGCACUCUCCAUCAGGUACCAUGAGUGGAUGAAAUCGGAGGAGCUACAGCGACUGACCGCAUCUGAGCCACUGAGCCUGGAGCAGGAGUACGAGAUGCAGCGCAGCUGGCAGGAGGAUGCAGAUAAAUGCACGUUUAUUGUACUGGAGACUGAGAGGUGGUCUGGGCAAGCAGGUACCGAGGAGGACUGCAUGGUGGGGGAUGUGAACCUGUUCCUCACAGAUAUGGAAGAUCCAACGGUGGGAGAGAUAGAAGUCAUGAUUGCAGAGCCCAGCUGCCGUGGCCGAGGGUUUGGCAAGGAGACAACUCUGAUUAUGAUGUUUUAUGGAGUAACAAAGCUGGGAAUUACCAAAUUUGAGGCUAAGGUUGGACAAGAAAAUGAAGCUAGUAUCUGCAUGUUCAAAAAGCUUAAUUUUAAGGAGGUUGCCAUGAACAGGGUCUUCCAGGAGGUGACAUUGAGACUGGAUGUGAAUGAGCAGCAGAAACAGUGGCUCCUGGAGCAAACUAACCACGUGGAGGAGAAAAAUUAUAGUGUGUUGAACCUACAGACUCGUGCCUCUGAGACCUGAGACCUCUUGCAAAGGCAGGCAGUCCACACCCCUGCUAAGUCUCCAGGGAGGAAGGGUUUGACAUUACUGAGUGCAAGUAUGGAAAAUACCUUAGGACCAAGAGUUAAUCAAACAACAAACUGAUUUAUUACUCCACAUACCUGGUGUACCACCUGUGAAAUGCUGAUCUUCCACAGCAAUCGCGACAGAGCAUCUACAGCAGCAUUCCUUUGCAAUAGUGCCUGGAAGCUGGGAUGGAUGAAUGGAUGCUAACAGGUUAAGCAUAGAAGUACACCUUGGCUGGGAAUGGCCCUUUUAGUCACAAAGCUCCCUCUGCUCUGUUCUAGGAAGGGACUGUCUACACCUCCAGGGCCUAUAAACUUCAGUGAAUUAGCCAGCAAUGCUGUCAGUCUAUGGAUGAGCAGAGUAGACUGGGUUCCUAGCUAAAACCCCACCAUCCUCAGCAGAGUUCCUAGUGUCACAAAUGGAGUCAGAGCCCAGGAGACUCUGGGCUUUGUCACAUGAACUGACACAUACAAUGCGACUUAACAUGAUCUAGUAGGCAAAAUAGCUCAGUUGCCAUCCUUGGCUGGUAAAGUGGUGGUUACAAGAUUAAAAAAUAAAGUCAGUGGCUCUGCUAGAUAAGUUGUUAGUAUUCCAGGUACUGCAGGCACCAGGCUUUCCCCUCUUGGCUUUGUGCGCCACCAUUGGCAGCUGCCUCACUUGUGCAUGUUCUAAGCCGUUGUGUAGCUCGUCACAGCUCUUGGCUAGUGUGAGCACAGCUUAAUGGGAGAGGCCAGUACAACUAAGAUCUGAGGGGGGUUGAGUGCCCUCCUUUCCCAUUGAAGUGAAUUUGUGUUGUAGGUACUUCAUAAAGGACACCUGGCUGACUUCCCUUAAGCCAGCCAUGGUAAACUACAACAUUUCUAAAAGGUUAGGAACUAAUGUGCUAAACUGCCAGCAUGUAAAGAGGGCAAUCAAAGAGGCUGGAAUCAGAGUACUAAAUUACCUCUGUGCAUCAGACUUCAGCAAAUGAUUUUUGAUGGGUAGAAAUGCCUGUCUCCGUGCUGCUUGGUACAGGUACUGAAAAAGAGCCGUUGCUGUGACAAGGUAUCCAUAAAAAGAUGAGUGAGAAAAUUAAAUUGCACAGAGGAUGUAAAGAAUAAACGCAGCUGAUCUGCUACUAUGCUUAUUUAAAACCAUCUACAUUACAAGACAACCAGAGAAUGGCUAACGCAGAACCCAGCCUUUAAGGAAGCAAUAAAUAAAAACCGGUGGAACUGACUGUUGCAAGGUGGCGUUGACACCUCUUAAGUCUCCAAACCAGGAUUAGUGCUCAGGUGAACAAGAACAUGCAUUUUGAUACCAUAGUAGUCACUACUGGAGUUGGGAAUUUUUUAACAAAAUGGUUUUUCAUUUAAAAAUGCCAAUUUUUUGAAACCAGAACUUUUUGUGGAAACAUCACUUUUGAUGAAACUAUAGUUGGCAAGGUUUGCCAGGGCCAGGAUAGAAUUUAUGGUCAAGAACAAACACCCCUCCAGAAUGAAUCAAUGAGAACAGGGCCUUAAACUUGGGUCUCCCACAUCCCAGGUAAAUGCUCCAAUCACUGUGGAGAGGCAGGGGGUGGUGUUUUUUCACACUUUUUUUUUUUUUUUGGAAGGUCUCAGUUCUCUUCUGCAUUAGAACAAAAACAAAUUUGAAGCCUCAGCUUUUUAUGAAAUGGAAAGGAUGGUUUCUGACCAUCUCUCCUUGCCCCAUCAGAAGUGAUAAUAGGUUUCACCCUUCUUAUAAAACUGCUUUUCUAAGUGGGACAAGCAGUCUUGGGAAAAAUAGUCCUGUUCUCAAAGGCAGCUCAGUGCUGAGCCUGGAACCUGUGUUUACUGUGCUCUGAUAAGAUGGAUGGGGAAAAAAAAGUGCCUCAUACCUUGAGGUGUACUUGUGGCACCUUAGAGACUAACAUUUAUUAGAGCAUAAGCUUCCGUGAGUUACAGCUCACUUCAUCAGAUGCCUUCAGUGGAAAAUAUAGUGGGGAGAUUUUAUAUACACAGAGAACAUGAAACAAUGGGUGUUACUGUACAGAUUGUAACAAGAGCAAUCAGGAAAGGUGAGCUAUUACCAGCAGGAGAGCUAGAGAGAGAAAUGGGAACUGAAUGUACUUGCACUCUACGAUGCUAAUUUCUAUGCCUGGAUAGCUGCAUUUUUCUCCCUUAAAAAUCUACUGCCUAGAAACUUUGUUUUAAAAGUGCCACAGCUUGCAGCAUGAUGCCAUUGAAAUAAGGUUUUUGCUGCUCUAACAAAGUAAUGAACAUGACUGCAUGCAGUAGCUGGAUGGGAACUGCACGUGUGUGAGUGAAGAAUUUUCUGCCUGAAGCAGGGCCUGUUCCUGCUGCAGUGAGAAGUCAAGGGCAUAGUAUUGCUAUCAGCCACACUGGAACUAAACCCAACUGAAAUGGAUCAGGAAAAAUUUUUUUUUUCUCCAAACUUCUAUAUAGAAUUCUCCCAACUUUCUGAAGAGAGUCCUGGGCUGCUGAACAUGGUUGUAGAAAUGUAGUGGGGUAAAAGCCCUAUUUUGAUUACAUUGCAUGGAGGGAAAGACUUCGAAUGGUGCUAAUUUUGUUCCUCCUCUGUGAUGCUGAAGCGGGCUAAGUGGAGUCUGGCAGCUAGUUGAAGUCAAACAUUAUAUUCUAAUAGAAAUAAGUAACCCUUGUCCCUAUAAAUGGAGCCAUUUCAUCCCAUCCCUGCCCCGUUAUCUGUGUAUGGGGCAUUAUUAAAGUGAGACAGGCUCCAUAGUGAACAAAACCAGGUGGCAAUCUGCUGUUCCUAAAAGACCCAUUGGGGGUGCAUGUAAAGAACCUAGCCCUGCAUGCUGCCCUCUACCUUACAACUGUUCCUUGUGCUGGGCCUGAAGUGGUGCUGGACCAGGGGGAGAGAAUGGCCUGCGGUUAGGUAGGUGUCUCACUGGAAAUUCUUCCCUCCUGCUCACUGGUGUCAAGGUCCUGAAGAUACCUGCUGCCCUGUGUUUGAGUUGUUCAGUCCUCACUUCUUGCUGGAUUGAGGGGCUGAGAACACAAAAGACUAAUGCUUCUGUGUUGCUGCCGGUAGCUGAGUUCCCUUAGCAGUACCUCACCCUGUCUAGAAGUGCUAAUGAGGCCCAGCCCCUUUCCCUGACUGGAGGCAGUGACAUGAAUCAUGAAUUUCCUCCCCUGACACUUAGAGCCCUGCCACCCUUCACAAAAUCAUAUCCAAGUGAGAGUUAUGAGCAAAGAGAUUAUAAACUCUGAUGACAUCCUCUCCUGCCCAAGCAAGUGCUUUCACUGCAUUGGAAACAGAGCUGCAGAAAUGUAACUGGGGAUGAGGAAUGGAUGCAGUUUACAGUCAACAGGGAAUUCAGGGGGUUGGAGGUCUUCCAUUUCAGCCUCCUGGUCGGCUUCAUCUAAGAGGUACACAACAGCCGUCCUUAAACACACUGCCUCCAGGUGAUGGGACCCAAGCUGCAAGGCAUAUAAAUCCAAAUGAAGGAUUAGGGAUCAGGAUUCUUUAUAGUAACACUGCUAUGAUGUGUCACAACAAGAAAGUUAGCUGGGGCAGUGGUUGUUUGGGGUAGGAAAUUCUGAUUUCUAGAUAAAGGAGUUGAGCGAGGAUAGGGAAGGCCUCAGAAAGCGACCCUGGAAAAAAUGGGAACAGCAGCCACGGCACAACCACGCCAAGGGCCAUACUUCGGUGUCUACAGGAGGAACAGCGUUGGGAGCGCACAGGACACAGUUCACAAAGGGAAUGAAUAGGCACUUGGCACUAAAGACGGGAAAUGUGACAGCCAGGUGCAAGUAGCGAACAUAAAAACACAGCUGUAUCGACAGACCAAUGCAGUCAACCAUUCUUGCCUUUAUAAUAAAUCUUUUAAUUUAGUUAAAUACA